AUGGCAAACUUCCCUGGUGAGAAUAACAAUGAUGUUCCUAAAAGGAUAGUCAAUGCAAUCAGUAAGCGUCCUAUCAAUCAUUUGAUACCUAAAGAUGAUAUUAUUUCUAUAAACGAUCUGCACAUGCAUCCAACAAUAAAUCUGGCAACUGAGAUCCCAGGCGGCUUAUUCAGGAACGAUGAGAUUACUAAUAUGAUAAAGUCAGAAAUAUCAGAAACAACUGAACCAUCUAAUAAAGAUCUGUUGGAGCUGAAAUUUAUAUACCCCCAACAUAUUAAAUUAACCGAGAAAAAGAACCACGAUGAUCAAUCCACUCUAAUGAAGGAUCUCUCACCUGCAACUUUGCAAUAUAUGAAUUCCAGAAAAACCCAUGUUGACGCCUCACAUAUAGUUCAGACAUCCACAGUUUCGGAAAUAGUUAAUAAAAAAGUUGUUCUUACUGAAGAGGAAACUUCGUUUCCUGAGAAUAUCUUAAGUGAACAACCAUCAAAAAAGACUAAAUUAUCUACCAAUGUUUCGUUGAAUCAGGAGAGCAUUGGUUUACAAUAUAUGAAGGAUUUUGAAGAACUCGUAAAAAUCCUAGUUGCCGAUACGAACGAUGAAGUCGAAGGAAGCACAGAAUUAUGGUACUCCCUAGGUAAGGACCAUUUUAUCUUAACCGAAUUUUGCUUGAAAAAAAUUAUAACUGUAUUACAAAACAUUUCAAAGAUUCCACAAAUAUGGCCUAAAUUAAAUGUCCAGAACUUAAUAAAACUAUUGAACUUAUCAACAGAAAAUAUACGGCUCUCUAGAGAAUACAUUAAUUUAGAUUUUGACACCAAUAUGCUAAAGAGAAUUGGAUUUUUAUCUAUAAAUGUCACGUUUACGAUCUUUUUGUUUAAUAUUGAAGAAAAUAGGUUAUAUCUUGAAGAGUUCGUACUAGAACCUGUGGAAUUUCUUACUGAAUGUUCAGAUUUUUCUCAAGAUACACAAAACAAAGAUGAUGAAGAAAUGAUACAACUUUUCGAUAAUACCCUUUCCUUGAUACCAAAAUACAUCCUUCAAAAACCGCAUAUCGAUGACGGAUUAGUUACAAGACUUGUUUAUGUUUUCUCUUCAUUACUAAUGGAAGAGACAUCACAAUCUGGUUCAAACACGAUAAUAAAUACCACACUAGGAAAUAUUAAAUUGACAUGUUCAAGGGUGUUCAUUUCGUUGUUUGAAAAAAUACCAAAUCAAAGAGAAUUUAUUAUAGAUGAAUUACUAUCACAAAUGGAGAGACUUCCUCAAAAAAGAUUGCAGAAAAAACUAGCGAGACUCGACAAUAAUUCAUUUAUUACGCAUUUAUCUCUGACCAUUCUAGAAAUGUUGGAAACUAUCAACUACUAUGACUACAUUCAGUCUAUUUUAGCAGUCGACAACAAUAUUAUUGAAGUAUUGAAUUAUCAUAAAAAGGUUUCUUCUGAACAAAUUCUGCAAUAUAUUGAUCGUACCAUCGACUUCAUAUUCAAUAAACUGAUACAUCACCUUGCAAAAUAUCGUCACUGUCUCGAGAAUAUUGUCCAGGAUCUAACUAAUGCUUUAUUAUGCGGUACUUAUCCUGUAGCAGAGAAUCUACUUAGCGCACUUGUCAAUAAAAUGUUGGAUAUAUUUGGGUCGUCCAGGAAAUAUAAUGCUAAUAUCGAAACAACAUGUCUUCAACAGUUAGGACAUAUAGCGGGGAUAACGUUUGACAUAAAAAGGCAAACUAAAGUACACGAAGCAAAUAAUCUGAUUAAGAUUUGUAAUUACCCAGAUAUGCUUCCCCAAUGGCUUGGCUCAUUUUCAAAAUAUGUUAGUUAUAUCAAGAAAUAUACAUCAAGGUCAUCAGCAUUCUACUUCACAUAUUGUAUGGAAAUGAAUUCUCUUCUAAAGUUAUAUGAUUUAAUGAAAGAUACGACAUCUGACCAGCAAGAAACAAAAAUAACAAUAUUCAAUGCGGUGAACACUUUAAUUCACGAUACAACUGAACAACCCACUGCUAUAACCUCAGAAACUGUUAAAUACCAUUACUACUCGAUAUUGCAUAGUUUUGAAUUAAUAAACCUAUACGAACCAUAUCUUAAGCUGGUUUUAUCUAUUUUAGACGAAGACAAAAUUAAGCUAAGAUCUGUUGCUAUCAAAAGUUUAUCUGUACUUAUUACGAAGGAUAAUAAUGUUUUAUCCAGCCCUAUGGUCAGAACGACUAUAACAGAUCUGCUGAGAAACCCUACGGCUGCAUCUAUUAAGGACGCAAUUCUUGAUUUGGUCUCAAUUGGUUCAGCAUAUAUUCGUUUCUAUAAGGAAAUCAAUAUAAAUUACGAUUCUGAUAGUCUGCAGGUUCGAAGACAUAUUCUUCGUAUCAAUGAAAAAAUAUACGACGAAACCAUAGACCAGGAGACAAAGAUAUACGUUUUUUCAAGAGUUCUAAUGAAAAUUGAAGAUGAAGAAGAUAAUAUUAUUGACAUAGCCAGAGAAAUAAUACUAGGGAAGUGGAUAUUAAUUUUGACAGAUUUAAGAAAUUUACCCGAAAAAGAAUAUGAGACAUGCUAUCAAAUUAUACAAAUAAUGUCUGGUGUUAUUUCCUUAAGUGAGAAAUGUUCAGAUUUAUUUAGCUGGUUUUUGAACUUUUACCUAUUGAAUGACGAGUAUCAUUCAGUCCGUCGUUACACAGAGAUUAAAGAUAAUUUAAAAAUCAUUACUAAUAAUCUUGUACAAAUGAUAAUUGAAUUGCAAGCCAAGGACAUAGAUGAUAAUGAUAUCAAUCCCGAGAAACAGAAAUUAUUAAAUUUAUUAUCGCUAUUUUCCGAUUCUGUUGUUCCAUUUAUCAGUAAGGAUCAUAUCAUCGGACUUUAUCCGUAUAUGGUGACUGAUGCCAGGAGCAACCUUUACUUCCACAUAUUACAUACAUACAAAAAUUCAAUGCAACAGUUGACAAACUUCAAACCAAAAUUUUUGUUUGAAUUAGAGACAACAUUGCUUACCGCUCUUCCAAAAAUGACCGUGAAAGAAAUCGAUGAGGCCAUCCCUUUAGCAUGGUGUGUUGCAAGACAACGAAAUGAUUUUGGAAGACUGUUGAAGGCAUGCUCUUCAUGUUUUACACUCCUUAACCCAUAUGUUAAUCUUGCAAAUAACAAUCUUCAUAAACUGUCAUUAGAUAGCAAACUGCAGAGAUUAUUAUAUUUGGCAAGUGGAUUUGCCAGGUUUACCAAUUUUGAUACAACUGUUAUACAUAUAUCUUAUGUUCCCGAUGGUGAACCGGUGUACGAAUAUGUUGCCAAAUGCAUGCUAAUAUUUUCAAAGGGGGAUAUUGAUCACAUCAUUCGAAGAAUAGCAAUUAAAAAUCUAACUAAACUAUGUGGGAACCACCCCAGACUUUUUAAUUCAAAACAUAUUUUGAAGAUACUAGAUACAGAGUUCAAAGGUAAAAAUCUCGAUAUUCAAUUAGUUAUUCUAGAGAGCUUUUACGAUUUUUUUGUACAAGAGGAGAAACAUAGCUUAAGACAAACCGGUGAAACUUCUUAUAUGUCCUCAGAUAAACAAAGAAAAAAACGUACAAAAAUGAACCAAAGAACAGAAUUUUUAAAUGAUGGUAUUUGUACUGCACUGGUCGCUCGUUACAUACAAAACAUUCUCAGAAUAUGUUUAUUAACAGAGUUCAAAAAUGCGCUGGUAGGUAUAAGACUAUUGAAACUAGUUCUUGAGUAUGGCUAUACCAAUCCAUCUUUAUGUGUACCGACCGUAGUUGCGUUGUUGUCAUCAACAAACACUUACAUAAAAAAGAUUACAAUCAAUUUGUUUACGAUGCUGAUGGAGAAAUAUGAAACUAUGGUUUACAGCGGAUUACCAAAAGGCGUUUUACUUGCGAUCAAGUAUGCAACAGAUUGUAAUACGACAGAAUAUUACAAAAACGACCAGUUUUUAUUAUUAUUGCAGAGGAAUAUGACGACUUCAAAAGGAUCAAUUGCGAAGUUUAACAAACGUCUAUUAAACACUGUUGAUAUGCUUCUUGGUGCAUGUCUGAACGAAACAACGAUGAAUGAGAACGUCCAUAUCGUUUUAUAUAUUGCCUCCAAUAUUUCAACUAUGAGAUUUCAGGAUCAGCAUGAAUUAUUAAUCUUCAUAAGAAAAAUUGACACCAAAUAUGAACAAAUGAAGGAAAUUGCGUAUUCACAUGGAAAAAUGGCCAUGGAAACGCCAGAGUUACUAAUCAAUUUUCCAGCAAAAUCAAAACUUCGAAACAUAAUUGUUGCAACUGUUAUCUUUGAAAAGUUAAAGUUAUAUUUAAUUAAUUUGUACUCUUUGAAGGAAGAUAUUUUGCUAUAUGAUGAAAUCCAAGAGGAUGAUUUGAAAGGAAGACCUGCAGUUUUGAAUAAGAAUAUUUUACAGCCGCUACAAAAUAUUAUUAAUGAUAUAAUUUUAAAAUUUGAAGAUGAUGAGGCAUUAAUAGAUUAUUUGGAUAAUCUAGAUUAG